CUUAUCGAAUUAGAACGUUUAAGAGAUGACAUGAAUUGCGCACGAUUUAUAGAACUAGAAGAUUUAUAUGAUGCAAAUGAAAGAGGAAGCUACAGCUGUGAAAGCUUUUGGGAUUAUGAAACAAGGAAAUAG